AUGGCGUCCCUACCGCCCUUCGCCCCUUUCCCCCCCUCCAAAUGGCGCGCCUCCCUCACCCCGCAGGACUGGUCCUCCCUGCUCGAAGCCUGGACGGCCCUCGCAAACGCCCACCUCGCCCUCCCCGACGCCCAGCUCUUCUCGACCGCCGCCGCCUCCCUCCCGCCCUUCUUCGCGUCCUUCGUCGCCGAGCUCUCGACCGACGCCGCCGGCCAUCCCCUCAUCCCCGGCGCAUCAUCAUCACCAUCAUCAACCUCCGCCCACCUCAAACCCCUCCUGAGAGCAGUCUUCGCCCUGACGUCCCGCCUCCUCACAUCCCCGACGCACCCUCCCCCUCCCGAGCUCGCGACGCCCGCCUUCCUCGCCGCCUUCAGCAGGCUCUACCGCAAGAACAGCCCGGCGACGCUCUCCGCCUCCUUCGCCCUCCACGCCCCGACCCUCGAACCGCCCCUGGCGUCCCUGAAGCGAACCCUCACAAAGUCCCUCGAGGCGGGCCUGAAGGCCGACCUCAAGACCCUCGAGGCCCGCCUCGCCUCCCUCAACCACCUCCUCCACGCCUGCCCCGCCGCCGCCGCCUUCUUCCUCGCCGGCUCCGACUUCCUCGACGGCCUCGUCUCCGCCUUCCGCAUCACGAACCCGCCGCUGCGCAAGGUCCUCGUCGCCACCGCCUACGUCGGCCUCGUCGGCCUCGCCGCCGCGGACCGCUUCGGCAUGCUCGCCGACGUCCUCUUCUCCCUCAAGUCCGCCGCCGAGGCCCACAAGGCCGGCCCCCUCAAUGUCAACGACUCCCUCGUCGCCGAGCUCGUCACCGUCACACCCGUGCUGAAGCAGCUCCUGAGAAAGGCAGAGGACAAGGGCGCGGCCUCGACAGCUCUGAGGUCGCGCAUCGCCGCGCUCGAGGGGUUCCGCAAGCCCGGCGGCGGCAUGAUGAGGCCCAAGAGGCUCGUCAAGAGGAAGAUCGACAAGGGCAAGGGCAAGGACGUGGCCGAUGAAUCCCAGGUCCAGGCCGAGCUGCACAUGCACAGACAAAGCCAGAUCUCGCUCAUCCAGGAUCUGUUUCCCGACUUGGGCUCGGCCUUCAUUUCAAAACUGUUUGACGAGUACGGCGAUAACACAGAGGUCGUCACGGCUCACUUGCUGGAGGAUUCGCUUCCCCCGCACCUCGCAACGGCGGACCGCGCUGCGCAGCUGUACGUUCUCAUUGAGACUUGUCUUAUUCAUCACGAUCUACUGCUAAUACUCUACAGGUCGCCCAAGCUGGAGAGGAGAAAGAGCCAGCUCGAGCCCAGACCAACGCCUCCACAACUACCAGAGCGCCAUAACGUAUUUGAUGAUGAUGAACUCGAUAGACUAGAACUAGACGUUUCUAAACUCCAUUUCGGCAAAAAGGCCCCCGAAAGGACGGCCGACGAUGUCCUCAGGGACAGGUCCACCGCGCCGAACAAGGCGGCCAUCUUGUCCGCGCUUGCGGCGUUCGACUCGGACGAUGACGAGCGCGACGACACCUACGACGCAGACGAUGUUGGCGGCACGGUGGACAACGCCAACGAGGAGGCCGACGGACAGAAGGACGCCAACGAGGAGACGCUGUACAAGGCGUUCCAGGCGGAUCCCAGCGUGUUUGAUAGACAGGCCACGACGAGAAGGGGCCCGGCGAGAGGCAAGCUAAGGGUGGAGACGGGUAUGACGGACGAGGCGAUCGAGGGCUGGGCCGUGAUGCUGGCAAGGAAUCCCGGCCAGAAGCGUCGCCUCGAGGCUAAAUACAACGGCGCCGCAGCGUUCACGGGCACCCAGACCGAGAUUCUGUCGACGGCGUGGCGGGCCAGUCCGGCUGGCUCAGGUGCCGAAGAGUCCGACCCCGAUGGAGGAAGCUCGUCGAGGGGCGGCAGAGGUGGUCGCGGCCGCGGAGUCGGAGGUCGUGGACGUGGCAGGGGUGGUGGUGGCAGGGGAGGCGGCAACGUGGCGGGCCCGACGGGAGAGAAGGAGACCGAGGCCGCGCGUAGGAGAAAGGAAGCCAGCAAGGGUUCGAGGGCCAACCACAACCGCCGAGACCAGAGGGCCAAGAAGAUGGCGAGAGGUGGGUUCCCCGGCUGA